CGGUGCCUAUUUAGAGAAGUUUUGUUAUCGUGCUGUCUACGUGUACACAUUCGUCGUCGGUCUCGGUCGGUCGCUCUCGAUAGAUUUACAAGGGUCGUCGUGCGAAGCAAAACUUACCCCGGCACUCAUCAUUCAAUCAACAUCAAGAGUAAUUCACUGUCCUUUGGUGUGGCUACACAAUACCAGUGACCAGUCCAGUUGUGCGUGCGUUGAAACUGCAGCAGCCAGAGAGAUGAUGAGACUUGUACACACUAGAACCGUUCCACUGGGUGUUGCCUGCUACAACAAUGGUCCACUAGUGCGAAUGCUGACGGCAGGCACCUUCAGCACCAAUGCACUGCCUUCGCUUCCGCUGCCUCGCCUGGAGGAUACGAUGAAUAAACUGCUGAAGACUGUGGAACCACACGUCAAUGACGAUGGAUACAAGAAAACCAAAUCGGCCAUCACAAAAUUCAUCGCCCCCGGUGGAGUAGGAACUAAACUGCAAAAACUGCUCGAAGAGCGAGCCGCUUCGAAGAAAAACUGGCUAUCCGAUUGGUGGCUUCAAUCGGCCUAUCUGGAGUAUCGCGAUCCAGUCAUUAUCUACUCUAGUCCGGGACUGGUUUUUCCGAAGCUUUCGUACACAACCGUGGACGAGCAGCUGAAAUGCGCCGCUAAAAUUGCAUUCGGAGCGCUGCUCUACAAACGCAUGAUCGAUCGUAACCAGAUUAGGUUGGAAAUGAUGGGAAAGGCACCGCUGGAUAUGUCACAGUACAAUAAAAUUUUCGGAACCUGCCGAGUACCCGGUAAGCCUUCCGAUACCUUAUUGUUUCAUCCCAAUUCAACACAUAUCGUUGUCGUAUCGAACAAUCAGUAUUUUAAGGUUGAAGUCGGCAAUUCCGACGGUGUCAUUGCUGAAGAUAAGUUAUACCAUCAGCUUCGUCAGUGCCAGGAAAUGUCCAAACAGAAAGCAGAACCCAUAGGAAUGUUCAGCGCUCUGCCUCGCGACAACUGGUACGAAGCUUAUACCGUUCUAACGGCAGAUUCAACCAAUCGCAAAACAAUCGAAGCGAUUCAAAGUUCACUCUUCGUACUAUCACUGGAUUACGAAAUCGGCAAUCCUACCGGAGACGACGUAGUCGACGCUUGUCAUGUGCUCAUGCAUGGUGGAGGAUCAUCGGCGAAUUCCGGCAACAGAUGGUACGAUAAAACGUUGCAACUGGUGGUUGCUCCCAACGGUAUUAAUGGACUAACCUACGAGCACUCACCGGCCGAAGGCCAGCCGAUUGCAGUGCUGACCGAUUUCAUAAUCAACUACCUGGCCAAGGGUGGCCAGGAGGGAUCGGUGAAAGAUUUUCCCGCUCCGGAGAAGCUGAAUUUCAAUCUCACCUCGGAAGCGUACAGUUUGCUGGAAAAGGCUGCCGCCAGUCACGAUAAACUGAUAAGCGAUUUGGAUAUGAAUUACCUGCACUACACGGGCUAUGGAAAAAACUUCAUCAAGAGUAAAAAGAUGAGCCCGGAUAGCUUCAUUCAGAUGGCUAUCCAGUAUGCAUUCUACCGGUUGCACCGUGUUCCGGCCGCUCACUACGAAUCGGCCCAAACGCGAAUGUACGAAGCUGGCCGUACGGAAACGAUUCGUUCGUGCUCUAGCGAAUCGGUGGCCUUUGCUCGUGCCAUGCUCGAGGAUGGGUCAAACCCGGCGGAUAAGCUGACCAAACUGAGAGCUGCGGUCGACUCGCACAAAGCGUACGCUGCCAAGGCGGUUCAAGGGUUCGGCGUUGACCGGCAUCUGCUCGGACUGAAGUUGGUUGCCAGGGAAAACCGAAUCACUCUUCCGGAGCUGUUCAAAGACGACGGACUGCUCGCCAGUCAACAUAUGCGUUUGUCCACCAGUCAGGUGGCAUCGCGGUACGAUGCGUUCAUGUGCUACGGGCCGCUAACGACCGAUGGUUACGGUUGCUGCUACAAUCCCAAGGAUGACGACAUGUGGUUCGGCGUUUCGUCGUUCAAAAGCAAUCCGAUCACGGAUUCGAAGGAUUUCCGCAACAGCCUGCGACAGGCGUUGGACGAUAUGUUCGAGGUGCUCAGCAAGGCUGGUGGCAUCGAGAGCAAACUAUAAGAGAAUAGAGGAACCGGUUUGGAUUGUGGAUAUGUUACGCUAAAGUUAACAGUUGUGAUUGAAGAGAUUUAUUUUCUAAACAAUGUGG